GCAAUUCCGCUUUGCUGGGCGCGCGGUGGACGGUCUGAAACCUAGAGCGCGGCUUUCGCUGGGGCUUGGCGGCUCCUGGGCCCGGCAUGGCUUCUUCACGAGCUUCCUCCACGGCACCCAAAACUAAAGCACCCGACGACUUAGUGGCUCCUGUUGUGAAGAAACCACACAUCUAUUAUGGAAGUUUGGAAGAGAAGGAGAGAGAACGUCUGGCCAAAGGAGAGUCUGGCAUUUUGGGUAAAGAAGGACUGAAAGCAGGAAUUGAAGCAGGAAAUAUUAAUAUAACCUCUGGAGAAGUAUUUGAAAUUGAAGAGCACAUCAGUGAACGGCAGGCAGAAGUAUUGGCUGAGUUUGAAAGAAGGAAGAGAGCCCGGCAAAUCAAUGUUUCCACAGACGACUCAGAGGUCAAGGCUUGCCUUAGAGCCUUAGGGGAACCCAUUACACUUUUUGGAGAGGGCCCUGCUGAAAGAAGAGAAAGAUUAAGAAAUAUCCUCUCAGUGGUUGGUACUGAUGCCUUAAAAAAGACAAAAAAAGAUGAUGAGAAAUCUAAGAAAUCCAAAGAAGAGUAUCAGCAAACCUGGUACCAUGAAGGACCAAAUAGCCUGAAGGUGGCCAGGCUGUGGAUUGCUAAUUAUUCACUGCCCAGGGCAAUGAAACGCUUGGAAGAGGCCCGUCUCCAUAAAGAGAUUCCUGAAACAACUAGGACAUCCCAGAUGCAAGAGCUGCACAAAUCUCUCCGGUCUCUGAAUAACUUCUGCAGUCAGAUUGGGGACGAUCGGCCUAUCUCCUACUGUCACUUUAGUCCUGAUUCCAAAAUGCUGGCCACAGCUUGUUGGAGUGGGCUUUGCAAGCUCUGGUCUGUUCCUGAUUGCAACCUCCUUCACACACUUAGAGGCCAUAACACAAAUGUAGGCGCAAUUGUAUUCCAUCCCAAGUCUACAAUCUCAUUGGACCAAAAAGAUGUCAACCUGGCCUCUUGUGCUGCUGAUGGUUCUGUGAAACUUUGGAGUCUUGACAGUGAUGAACCAGUGGCAGAUAUUGAAGGCCACACAGUACGUGUGGCCCGAGUGAUGUGGCAUCCAUCAGGACGUUUCCUGGGCACUACCUGCUAUGACCGUUCAUGGCGCUUAUGGGAUUUGGAAGCUCAAGAAGAGAUCCUGCAUCAGGAAGGCCACAGCAUGGGUGUGUAUGACAUUGCCUUCCAUCAAGAUGGCUCUUUGGCUGGCACUGGGGGACUGGAUGCAUUUGGUCGUGUUUGGGACCUACGCACAGGACGUUGUAUCAUGUUCCUAGAAGGCCACCUGAAGGAAAUCUAUGGAAUAAAUUUCUCCCCCAAUGGCUACCACAUUGCAACUGGCAGUGGUGACAACACUUGCAAAGUGUGGGACCUCCGACAACGACGUUGCGUGUAUACCAUCCCUGCCCAUCAGAAUUUAGUGACUGGAGUCAAAUUUGAACCUAUCCAUGGGAACUUCUUGCUCACUGGUGCCUAUGAUAACACAGCCAAGAUCUGGACCCACCCAGGCUGGUCCCCAUUGAAGACUUUGGCUGGCCAUGAAGGCAAAGUGAUGGGUCUAGACAUUUCUUCUGAUGGACAGCUUAUAGCCACCUGCUCAUAUGACAGGACCUUUAAGCUCUGGAUGGCUGAAUAGACAAGACCGUGGAAGAAGGACUCUAACCCCAAUCUCUCCCUUAGGAGCCAUUUUCCUUAAAAGAAAAGAAUUGAUGUGUUUUGUUCUAUCAUGUUUUCUGCCAAUUACCAUGUAUAGACCCUCAGUAGAUUUGGAUUUUCACGUCAGCCUACUCCGAAGAGGCAGCCCAGUCCUUAGGUGAUGGUGAACUCCUUUCGUGGUUGAAAAUGAAAUUCUCAUCUUCAGGCCCAUCCAUGAACCUCCUAGACAUUUUUUAUUGGUCUUUCUUUGAAUGCUCUCAGCACUCAGGAUUGUGACUACUCUCUGCAUUUUUAAUUCUUGAAACUUGGCUUCCCAUGACAUGGUAUGUGCUUCAGGGCUGCAUGUGAUCCAGUGAGCAAGGUAGCUGGACUAUAUUCUGAAAGUCCUUGAGGAAAGAGACACAUCUCACCACAUAUUGGUUGAACAAUGUCUCACGGCAAGUCCCUGGAGUGGACAGCAGUUAUGCUGAUGUUUAUACACUGAAGCUUUGACCCCUUCCUGUGAAGUUCACUUGGAAUGCUAACUGCAUCAGGAAACUCAGAACUGAACACUCACCUCAUCAGAAAAUGCCUUCCAUCUUGCUUUGAAGCUUAACAUCCUUCAUACUACCCUAAAGCAAGGCCACUAUGUCAGGAUUCAAAGAAAUUUGUAGAAAGCAAACAUGAUGUCUCUCUUGUACACUCUCCUUGCUAUGGUUAUUUAAAGGAUGUACUUUGUGUAUUAAAAGGUACUUCAUGUCGAAGUAACUGGAAAAAAAUCCCUAAUAGGCAUUACUAAACAUAAACCUUUUUCUCUUUAUUACCCACUUGCUAGGAGUAAAAUCCUAUCAUAAAAACUAUCCUUUAAAAAUUGUUUUCUAUAGUUAAGCAUUUUCUGAACCCUAGUCAUUUGUCCAAGGAGUAUCUUUUUUUUUGGUUUGGGUUAUAACAUUUCAGAUAUGAAUUAGCACAAUUUCUCCUUAAUCAGCACUCUUAGUUUUGUUAAUAGGGGACUGUUGGCCUUAUCACCAGUAAACUGUGCGUGGGCUCCAUAAUUCUUACUAGUUGGGCAUGUAGUGAUUGCCUUCACCUUCUUACCGCAGGAAUAUAUUUUCUGGCCUCUGAAAUUAGUAAAUUCACAUAAAAAGAGGAAUUUGGAAGAAAAGCAUAAUAAGGAAGAAUUAAAUAAGGGCUAAUAUAAUGGUUUCUCCAUUAAUGUUCAAAAUCCUUUCAUUGGCCCAUCCAGAGAGGUUGAGAGUGGCUUUGGCUCUAUCCUGCAAAUUAUGAAUAUGUGAUAUGUAGCUAAACAUGCUGUUUUUAAUCUGAUUUCAUUUAUAACCAAAUCGAUGCAUAUCCUGUUCAGUUGUUAAGCCUCUGAAUUCUUGGGUCUGUCCUCACGGCCCUAAAUUGUUGUUUAAUAGUUCUGUUUUCUUUGUAGUUUGCCAUGAAAAAAACUUUCCAUCACCAUUUUUGUAAAAUGAUGAACAUGAGUGUACCCCAUGCAGCUUGGGCAUGGCGCACUAACAGUGGUUUGCAGUUUCUCAGGUGUAAAUCUUAUUAUUCCCUUGGACUCGCCUGUUUGUUUGCUUUUUGGUGGUGGUUCAUGAGGUGGUGGUUGGGUUAAAAAUAUUUCAUCUAAGCCUUUAAUGGAACAAAUAUCUGGUAGAAUAUCCAUUUCUUCAAACACCAUUAUAGAAAGUAAUAGAGAAACACAAAGCCAGGAGUGGCAUUUCAUGAUUAUUCUGAGCUGAACAUCAUGGCCACCACAGAGCAGAACAUUUACUCCCUACCUCAUCAGUGUGCCAGCACAUUCAGACAUCUCCGUAGUCCUCAUGACCAUAUGAAUUUCUUAUUCCCUUUUUAUAGGCAAAACUGCAGCUCCAAGAAGUGACUCACCAAAGUUAUCCAGCUAGUAAGUUAUAAAACCUGAAUCUGAACCUUAAUCUGUCUGACCAUUUCAUCUUAUAAAGAUUCCACAGGCUUUCUUGAGUAGGUUGGCCACACUGGCUACAAGUCCGGUGCAGCCAGCAUUACCUUUUUCUUCUGUGGAUCAUCUUUUUAACUCCACCUUGUGUACUGCCCUGUUCACAAGUGACUUAAUCUCUGACUUCACACCAUAUGGAGUCAGUUUUCCCACUUCUAUCUCAUGAACUUCACAGGAGCCUGUUGGGUACUGCUCAACAGGAUAACUGUUUGCGUUUUGAAAUAGAUCUUUCCUUGCAUAGAACCAUCAUAAGAAACAGCAGGUCUCAGUGUCCUUCUCUGCACUAAAUUGCAGAAGCACAGCCCGCCCCCUUCAUUGCAUACCAAAGGUGCUCCCACAAUGUUUCCAAAUGCCUCCCUGAGAAGACAGGACUACCCCAAGGUUAGAGCUACUGAAUGUGAAACUAGAAGACACUAUAAUAUUAGGUAUAUCCUUCCCUACCCAAAAUAACCCAAAAUUAGGUCUUAUUUGGUGGUGUAUCUACCACUCCAAGAAUAUAAGUUCUAUUUUGAGUGGCCUUGAACAAGGUAGCCAAAAAUGGCACAGUCUUGGUUUUAGGGGAUGACAAUUAGACCCAUAAGCCCUAGUGAAUAGGCAGAUGCUCCUCCCUGGCUCUUCCCAGCUCCUCUCUCUGUCCCCUGCCCUGAGCCACUUUGGCCCACCCAUCUUGGAAAAUAUGGUGAGAUCAUUGCCUAACUUACCUGCUGCAAAGUUAAGGAGCAAAGAUGAGUAGAGAAAUGAAUUCAACUGGGAGAGGUGCAGUCCCAGCCUCAGUAUAAUUAUCUCUGAAGGGCACCAAUGGAGAGGAGGUUGCUAGUCCCUGGCGGGUUACGUAGGCAGUUUUCCAGUUUGGUAAUGGAGAAUUUUUCUACAAAUUGGAGCUGAAAACUGUUGUUUUUACUAAAAAUAUAUUUCUUGGCUCUUUUGGAAUACCUUGUACAUUAAGACCCUUAACAAGGAUUUAUAGAGGAUACUUCCAUUAAACUGAACAUGAUUUAGACCAAA